GCUGCUCCUCCGCUCCUGAGGGGUGGCUGAUAGAGGGGGAGACAGCGGGCAUACAGGCUCUUCAGCCGCUCUGCUCCCCUCUACAUCGACGAUGAUGGUGGUGCUUAUGUUCACAAACCGGAAUGGAGUCGAGCAGGGCGGAUUAACCGUGUAUCAUGAAUGACAGGUACCACAAGGCGGCCAGGGACGGCUACCUGGACCUGCUGAAGGAGGCGACGCGGAAGGAUCUGAACGCGCCUGAUGAAGAUGGCAUGACACCGACGUUAUGGGCUGCUUAUCAUGGAAACCUGGAGGCUCUGCGGCUCAUCGUGGCGAGGGGAGGAGAUCCUGACAAGUGCGACAUAUGGGGGAACACGCCGCUCCACCUGGCAGCUGCCAAUGGUCACCACAACUGCCUCUUCUUCCUGGUGUCUUUCGGUGCCAACAUAUGGUGCCUGGACAACGACUAUCACACACCGUUGGACAUGGCUGCCACAAAAAAUCACAUGGAUUGUGUCCGCUAUCUGGAUGCCGUCGCUGCCAAGCAGACAGGCCUAAACCCCAAGCUGGUCAGCAAGCUGAAGGACCGUGCGUUUCGUGAUGCUGAGCGGCGAAUCAAAGAAUGCAUGAAGAUGCAGAAGAAACACCACAAACGCAUGGAGCGAAAGUUUCAUAAAGAUACCUCUGAGGCCUCUGCAUCAGAUGCCAUGAGCUUCUCUAGUUACACCAGCAGCUCUAUUAGCCACAAGCUGCGCAACAUGAAUGCAGCCACCGUCAGUGUGCCAUAUUCUCAGGCUACUCUUCAUGCCACAAACCGAGGGAAGACAAAGAUUCAGAAGAAGCUGGAGAAGAAGAAACAAGGAGAUGGAACUUUUAAAAUCUACGAGGAUGGGAGGAAGAGUGUGCGCUCUCUCUCUGGACUUCAGCUGGGAAACGAUGUCAUGUUUGUCAAACAGGGGACUUAUGUCAAUCCCAAGGACCGUGGCCGCCGCAACGUUCGUGACAUGUUCCCCAGAGACAACUACGAUGCCAUUUCACGUGCCAUGAGUGAGCCGGACCUCCACGGGCCCGACAUGGACUACUCUGAGAUCAGCACUGACUCGGGGCAUGACUCUCUGUUCAACCGGCCUGGUCUGGGCACCAUGGUCUUCAGGAGGAACUAUGUGAGUGGGGGGAUGUUUGACCUUGGCAGUCCAGAUGAUGCCAGCAUGGAUAAUUCUGGAAAUAAUGUGCAACUGCGCAGUCGGCUGCACCCAAAUCUGGAUGAUGACAGCAUCGGGAGUGCGCACAGUCUGCAGGAGAGGAAUGUGGAGGAGCUACCCUGGGAGGAUAUUGAAUUAGGGCUGGAUGAUGACGACGAGGCUGACACAAGCCCUCUGGAGGUCUUCCUCGCCGCACAGAGCAUGAGCGAGUUUUUCUCCAUCUUCAAGAGGGAGAAGAUCGACCUUGAAGCACUGUUGUUGUGUUCAGACCAGGACCUUAAGAGUAUUCACAUACCCUUAGGACCCCGGAAGAAGAUCUUAGAUGCUUGUAAGACACGCCUGGAGACCAUGGAGGACCCAGACUGUAUCGAGGACACAGAAAUAUAAUUAAAGUUCCUGAAGACGGUCCUCCUGCUGUGUGCUCAUCCAGCCUUUAAGGUCAGUUCAUCGUUGUGGAGUGAAUGUCACGUACAGACAGAGAGGACACGAUGAUUUACCUCUCAUGGUACCUCAGUGGUAACAAAGCAGAAAGGACACUGUCAAGAUGAAUAUGUCCAGCAAGAAGAGACGAGUGUGACAUGAAUCUUUAACAGGAUUGUAUUACAGUGUCUUUUAAGCCUCUGGAGGAUCACUGAAACAUAUCUGUAUGCUGCUUCAUUGGGGUUUCCUGUACUUCAAGGUUAAACCAACUGAAAGACAAUCAGCGCAGCGCUGUGAGGCGUCAGUAUAUGCCAUGUGGCAUAGUUAACAGAGAUUUGAGAGUAGGGUCUACGCCCCCUGAAUGUUUGCCCCUGUGGGGUAACUACAUGUGCCUGCAUUGCAUGUGCCUGUGCAUCUGCUUAAAACAGAAUCACACUUAAAUAUCUCUGUUAUUAACUCUGAAUCCACACUGUACUGUUUCAAUCACAGCAGAUUUGAGUUAUAUUUCCACCCAGAGCCACUCAGAUGUUUCCCUGCUCAUAUUUCAUGUCUGUACAUGUUUACAUACAGCAAGCCAUGUCAGUCCAAGAGUGGUUCACUGGAAAUCUAGGCCAACCAUUCACCUGCUGUAGAGUUGAAAGCAAUUUUAAAAAACACAGGAACAAAGGACAGGUUCUUUUUUGUAAUUUUAAAAUUUGAGUACUAUUAUUAUCAUAUGAGUGAUUAUUUGCAAAUUGUAUUUUUUACAGCCCACCCGGUGGUCAGUUAUGGUUAUGCAUGUUUUUUUCUUUUUUUUUUUUUUUGCAGCUUAUCAGUACUGCAUGUCUAACCAUGGUCUGAAUGAAAUGAAAAGUUAAGGUAAAAGAGGAUGCCACAGAGAGAGCUGUCCACUACUCUGUGCUAACAGACACUUUUAAAAACAUAUUUCAAAUUAGCCCUCAUUCUAAGAACAUCUUUUCACUUGUGUAGCAGUUUUGUACUGUGAUGGCUCCUUUUACUCCAGAUCUACAAAGGCCAUCAGAUCACAGAAACCUUUGCCUUCCCCAAAACUCACUGUAUAUGUUUCUUAAGUCAUCUUUUUUUUUCAUAGCAUGCUAAUCUUCUCUGAUUUUGUAUCAUCACAAUGACAUACUAACAUGGAUAGCAAAUAAUGUAGAGGCUGCCUGUUGACUGUACCCACUGGUUUCCUCUCGUGCUCUAAGAGCAUGUGGUUAGAGGGUUGUUUUGGUAUUUUUGAGGUAGUGUUGUAGAAGUUACUUGGAAAAAGUAGAGGCAUUAGCCUCCAGAGAUUUCAGAGAGCAUUGCCGCUUUUAGGAGAGCGCAUCAGGGGCACCAGCAAGGAAGCUAGACUGUACAGUGUAAAAGACAGGUACAGUUGCUCCGUGUAAUUUAGCAAGUUUUUGGUAAAAUGGGCCAAAAAACAAUGUUGGCACAGUUGUAUGCUAUGUCAAAAAUUUUAUGCACAUUACUGUCUUUUUGUCAUAGCACUUUCAGACAUAAACUUUCUUGGUCCGUGCUGACAUGGUGCAUGUAAAGCUAGCUACGCUGAAUGAUCUGUGCAUCCAUACCGAUUAUCAUGUUCAGAGUUGCUGAAUGGGUGGAGCUGAUCACAGCUGUCAUUGGGCUAGAGUUGGGGUAGAGUUGGGGUACAGCCUGGAUUGGCUGUCAUUCAGUCCCAGGGCUAGAUAGCAAAAUGCAUAUCUAAUCCCCAUUUCCAUCUCUUUGAUGCUGUAAAUCAAACCAGGGUCAUCUGCUUUUUAGGCAGCUAUGCUCACUACUAUACCACCAUCACUUGGCUAUGCUAAACUAAAGUAGCCUAAAAUGAGUGCAUGUGUGCACUAGUAGUGCAGUUUUACUUGAAUAAUGGCGCUAGCACUCUGGUAACUAAUCAUCCCAGCUAGGAACCAUGCACAGGGAUAUUAGUGGUCAACAUUUUAGCUGGAUUAAAUAAAGACACUAGUAUUUUUUAUAAUUCUGGUAGUUACUGCACUCUAAUGCUGUUUUUCAUGACUAAAUGGAUUGACCAGGUGAAAGAGGCAGUAGCUGUGGGCGUGGUUUAUUUUUACCACAAGUCUGUCAUAGGAAAAUGUUGGGAACCAGUGCUGCAUACUGUGACAUUCAAUCAUAGCUUCAUUUGAUCAGGUGUUACUGAAUAUUUUGGGAAAAU